AUGCCCGGACUCGAUAUGGCACCGCUCGUAGCGGAUGAUGUGCGACGUAUGUCCUCCCUCGUUCGUCUUUGUUCCCCCAAGAUCUUGAACCUCUUUGAGAACCCCCACCAGCGCGGACGAGAAGUCCAGCCGGCACCUCCUCGAAGGAGGAGCUUUGCAAAGCAUGAGCCCAACGCUGACAGCACCCCGCGCUUCAAUGCAGUUCUGGGCCAGGACCCCCUCAUCCCCCCCGCGCUCCUCAUCUCGGAGAUCCCCAUGAAGCAGAAUGCCCUGCACACCGUCGUCGAAGGCAGGCGCGAGGCCGCCGACAUCAUCAUGGGCCGCAACGACCGCCUGCUCGUCAUCGUCGGCCCCUGCUCCAUCCACGACCCUCCCACCGCCCUCGAGUACGCCGCCAGACUCAAGGCCCUCUCCGACAAGCUCCGCGACGACCUGUGCAUCAUCAUGCGCGCCUACCUCGAGAAGCCCCGCACCACCGUCGGCUGGAAGGGCCUGAUCAACGACCCCGACAUCGACCAGACCUUUGCGAUCAACAAGGGCCUCCGGGUCUCCCGCCAGCUCUUCAGCGACCUGACCAGCACCGGCAUGCCCAUCGCCAGCGAGAUGCUGGAUACCAUCUCCCCGCAGUUCCUGGCAGACUUCAUCUCUGUCGGUGCCAUUGGUGCCCGCACGACGGAGAGCCAGCUCCACCGUGAGCUCGCCUCCGGCCUUUCUUUCCCCGUUGGGUUCAAGAACGGCACCGACGGAAGCCUUGGUGUUGCCAUUGACGCUAUCGGUGCCGCCGCGGCCAAGCACCACUUCAUGGGUGUCACGAAGCAGGGUCUUGCCGCCAUCACGCGGACCAAGGGCAAUGAGCACGGCUUCGUCAUUCUCCGGGGUGGUUCCAAGGGUACCAACUACGACAAGGAGAAUGUUCAGGCCGCAAAGGAGACGCUGAUCAAGAAGGGCCAAAAGCUGGCCAUCAUGGUCGACUGCUCACACGGUAACUCGAACAAGGAUCACCGCAACCAGCCCAAGGUUGCCAAGGUUGUCGGUGACCAGCUGCGCGAGGGAGAGAAGGCCAUCAUCGGUGUCAUGAUCGAGUCCAACAUCAACGAGGGCAACCAGAAGGUCCCUGCCGAGGGCCCUGCUGCGCUCAAGAAGGGUGUCAGUAUCACUGACGCCUGCAUCGACUGGGAGAGCACCGUUACUGUCCUCGAGGAUCUUGCCAGCGCCGUCCGGGAGAGGAGGGAGAAGCACAGGGGUUCACCCAACGGCAAGCAUGCCGAGGCCCCGGCCACCCUUCUUGAGGAGGAUUAA